CUCAGUUUUAACCGGCCCACAGCGCACAGACGAGCUGCAGCUGCGGGCGUGGAUGAGCCGGGCGCAUCGGGACCCUGGACUCAGGGAGUGUCCCAAAAACCACUAAGGAAGACGAGGGACCCCUGAGGCCUGCUCUCCGUCCUGCCGGCCAUGUUGACCUCGGCAUCUCCCCUUCCCGCUCCCAGCAUGCUCUGGGCCCUCCUGCUCUUGGCCACCUCUGGGAGUGCUCAGAGUAGAGACUGGGACAGCCCCAGCUGCACCGAGGACGCGGUUUCUGUGUUCAGGGGCAAGCCAGCCAUGAUGGCCUGCAACAUCUCCAACCUCUUCUCCCACAUCAACAUCUCCCUGCAAACCUACCAUGGGGAGAGCUGGCAGCUCGUCUUCAGUGUAAAGGCCCCAGGAAACUUCCGCCAGGGUGGAUGGCAGCUCUGGGUUCAAGGGGGCGAGGCGCAUCUGGUGAUUGAAAAAGCCCAGGACACCCAGGCAGGGCAGUACAAGUGGAGUCUUGUGGGGCUCCAGAGAAACUUCAAAAUCACCACCCUGAACGUCUCAGAGCCCCAAGACACACUCUUCACACCUUCCUGGGGCCCGGAGAUGCUGCUCCCCAAUCUCAAGCCUGACCCCGAAGACAAGAGCCAGGUCCAGGUGGUCCUCCCCAUCCUCGCCCUGGUCGCCCUCUCCAUCCUGCUGGUCUGCUUGCUGGCCUGGUGCAGAAGGUCUGGCUCCCCAAAGUUCUCCAAGCUCCAGCAGGUCUGCUUCUCCAUCCCUGGAGGUCAGCUCCGGGCCACAGGCCACUUGUCCAUUUUGCCCUCUGCUCUUGGCAGUCACUGGCACGUACGGGCUCCCGUGAACAUGGCUGGGCUCCUGGGCCUCCAGCUGCUCCCCAUGCUCCUUGUGCUCCCCUGCAACCUGGCUGCCCAAGAGGUCUGGCAGUCCCCCACCUACACGAUCGCUUUAGAGGGGGACUCUGUCAACAUCACCUGCUCCACCCUGGGGCCCCUGCUUGGCAUCUACCUGAAGCAAAGGUGGCGGAAGCUCAGCAACGUGAUUUACUAUGAAAACGGGAGGGAGCCCACCGUGGACCAGCGGUUCCAGGGCCGCAUCACCUUCUCAGGGCUGCAGCACAACCUGACCAUCAGCAUGCACCACCUGCAGCUGGCCGACACCGGUGACUACGCCUGCCAGGCCAUCAUGAAUAACGAGGUCUGGGGGCCCGGGACCUUGGUCGUUGUGACAGAAAAACUGCCCCAAACAGAGAACACGUGCCAGGAGACUCAGCAGAUACACUUUGCCCUCCCCAUGGCCCUGGCUGUGGGCUUCUUCCUCGUCGGUCUGGGGCUGGGAGCGGUGUGUGUUCUGAGAAGGACACAGAUCCAGAAACUUUGCUGUGCGAGGGAUAAGAACUCGGCGUGUGUGAUCUACGAGGACAUGUCCCACAGCCGCUGUAACACCAUGUCCAUCCCCAACCAGUACCAAUGAGCCUGGCAGGACCCCAGGCCUCCCUCUGUCCAGCAGAGCUCUGGGCAGACCAUCCAACCCAGCACGGACACACAGGCAGCUCCCCACAGCAGUCAGGCUGCUGCUGCCUCCUCCAGGCAGCCCUCCUUGCCUGCCUCCCACCCUUGAGGCUGCUCCUGGCACCUUGGAGCCACCGGGAAGGAAGCUUUUCUGUCGUCCUGCUGCCUUGACCCUUCCACAGCAGAAGAGGCUGCUCUGAAGGAGGGACUUGGGCCUGGGGCAGUGGGCAGCUGGGGGGUCUGGGGAGGCUGGGGGCUGAGCGCUGACCCCAGCCCAGCCUUGCCAGAAGUAAAGGGCUUCUCUUCUCCCCUUUCCAACUCCAGUGUCUAUUUCUCAGCCAGCUUAGAGUCGAGGAGGGGAGGCUUGCCUGACACCCUCCCUAGAGUCUCCAAGGACUUUGACAGCCUAAGGGAUUAUGUGUGAGGUUUUCAGGAAGGAGGGAGGGGCAAGGGGACACACACUCACUCCAGCCCCUGUUUAGGCUGGAGAAGGGGCAAAUCAACCAGAGUCCUCCUGGCCUCACUAGCCUCCACCAUGGGGUGACGUGGGGAUGGAGGAAGGGGAGCUAGCAGCAGUGGUCUGGGGGUCUUAAUAGAGGGCCACUCCCGGUGUGCGCUCAUGUUGGGGUGCGAUGGGACCUUGGGGAACCGACCUUGGGGAAACAGGCGCGCCAAGAGUGGAUGUGAACCAUGGCUGCGUCCUCCUGGACUCGGGGCCAAGAAACAGCAGACCAUGCUGCCCACCAACUGAGAUGAGACAACCCUUCAUCCAUGGGGUUUGCAAAGAUUAAAGUGUCAUUAGCGAAUGA